AUGCCAUCCCGUCUCGACCUCCGUCGUCGUGCCCGUGAGGCCAAGGCGAAACUCGUCGAAGUGAUCGAUGAUGGCAUCGACUCGAUUCGCGACAAUUUUGCCGAGAUUGACAUGUCAAUGUUCGGGCGGCUAUUCGGCAAGAAAAAGGAGGAAAUCACGGCCGAAGAUGCGAUCAACCAGCUGAAAGACACCGAGGCGAUUCUCGUCAAAAAACAGGAAUAUUACGAGAGGAAAAUCGAGGAGGAAAUCGCAGCAGCCAAAAAAUACGGAAAAACAAAUCAGAAUAUGGCCCUGAACGCGUUGAGGCGGAAGAAACAUCAUGAGCUGGAAUUGAGCCGUAUCGACGGGACGCUGGCGAAAUUAGAAGCGCAGCGCGGUGCUCUCGAGGAUGCGGGCACGAACGCCGAAGUGCUGAACGUGCUGGCCGAAUCGUCGAAAACCCUCAAAAAGGCCAAUAUGAACCUCGAUAUCGAUAAGGUGAACGAUCUGAUGGACGAUAUCGGCGAGCAGAUGGCCGAUUCGGCCGAAAUGAACGAGGCUAUCUCUCGGAAUGCUGGAGGAGAGACGGUAGAUGAGGAUGAAUUGAUGGACGAGCUGCGGGAGCUGGAGAAGAGCGCCGCCACGUCGAAACCUCGAAAAGUGGCCGUGGCCGUCGAGGUAUCGGAAGAAAUGGAGGUCGACGAGCUUCCGGAAGUGCCUACCGGCCCGGUCACGCGUUCCAAAAAGGCUCAGGUCAAAAAGCAGGACACCAUGGCCGAGUUGGAGGCAUGGGCCGCCGCUAAU